AUGAGCCGACACAGCUUUACAAAAGCUUUGAAGAAAGAAGCCGGGGAGCUCACAGAUGGUGUCAUUGACUUUGUUUGUGACACUGGGAACAUUGUGACUGAUAGGACAGGGACAGUUUUAGAAGUUACGGAGAGUUUGGUGGAUUACGUUGAUGGGGCGUUGACAAGGGUGUUCAGCGCCAUUUCUUCACCUGGAAGUAGAAGUCCAAGACGAAGUCCAAAACACUCGGCUAACUCGAGUGAUGAGAGAAGCGGAAGGAACUCCAGACGCAACUCUGAAGAUUACUUCACCUCUAAGAGAGAUUCAGUUCACCGGGAGACAGAUCAAACUGGAAAGGAAACAAGUACUGUCCGUCGGCCUAGUGAACGACGAGGUAGAAAUAGACAAACCACUUAUCUAGAGCCACCUUCCGCCCCAAGGUCAAGGUAUGAAAAGCACUCAACAGUUUACUCUAAUUCACCUUCACCCGGUUACACCGGUGGAGAUGAAGAGGAUGACUAUGAUGAUGAGGAAUAUGAGGCUAUACCAUCCCCUGAACCUGCUCCAUAUCACCAUCAGAGAACACAUUCUCGUAAUGACAGUCGGUAUCUGUCAAUAUCACAAUUGCACAAGCAGAUCUCCUCCAGAUACCGCAAUACCAAUGGACCUCGACUUCAAGCAUCAUCCGGAACUCACGGGUUGACUUACCAAGCUUCAGGACCAGGCCCUUCAAUGGAGGAUGAACGGCCAGAUGACUGGAACUCCAGAGGAAGGUUUGGAAUGUAUGAUACAACACUAGAAUCUGACAGACCUCAGUAUGCUUCAUUAUCAAGUGAUGCAUACUUAGGACGUCAAGACUCUACUGAAUCAUUCGUGAGAACGACCCCAGGAUAUGACCCUUCUGUAGAUGGCACACCACUGGGCAAAGCUCAAACACUGAACAGACAGGUGAGACUUAUGGAGGGUAUGAUGAGUAUGGACAACAUGGGUAUGAAUGAUGGUCAAACUUAUAAAUGGGGCAUCAGAAUGAGUGUUAUCACCGUGAGAAGAGUGAUGUGGAGUAAAAAGCUCGAAGAAGAACUCAGGAAAGUUGGCCGAGCGGCCCAAUCAGGGUUAGACGUUGUUGAUACUACAUUGGACUUUUUCGGUGAGGCACUAGUCAAAGUUGUUAGCUCCGUGUCAGGACAUUCCAGAAGCAGAAGUCGGGAUAGGAGUCGUAGAAGUUCAAGAGGUUCAAACUCGGAUCAUAGAUCCAAAUCUAGAGAUGAUCGUGAUGUCUCUGAAGACUAUUCAGUCGGUCAAAUGAAGUCAGCAUCCUUGCAAGACAUUCCCAUUAGGCCUCAGAGAGAAUCUCGAAGGACGCGAGGCAGGAGUAUAAAUACUGAUAACACUCGUUUCGGUGAAGAGUAUACAGGUUUCUCUUAUAUCAUCUCCCCCGAAGAUUCCCCUCAUGAGGACAGACCGUACUCCCCAACGGGCCCACAAGCAAGGACAAGUAUGAGAAGGUCUCAUCAGCCUCAAUUCCUCUCUGUUCCAGGGAUCAAUCAACACCGUGUUUCCACCACCACAAGUUUAGCAAACUGGCCAACAGCCCCUGCAAGGUCGAAUUCAUCUGUUAACCCGGGGAGAUCCCAACAGCCCGGGUCAACUGGCUCUCGACCUCCUGCGUAUACAGUGGAGGCCAGCUCUGAGUACUUGCAUGAGGUUUCAACUGCUAGUCAACCAAGUCUCCGAGGAAAACCUUGGGUUCGGCUACGUCGUGAAGUAAGACAAUCUUUGAAGAAAAGGUGGGGUUUGGAUUCCGGGGAUGAGCUGGAAACUAAGAUAGAGAAAUUUUAUGAUUCUCACCACUAUCCAGAUGUUGAUUCUUUUGAUAGGGAGGAAGAGGAGACCGCUGCCCAUCUGUUCCCUGAUUCUUCGGGGUACAAUGAGUGGGUUUCUCGUGGAUGA